UAUGAUGGUUUCCUUAAGAUCAGAUCGCAUUGCACAACAAUAUUAAAACCCAAUUGAGAUUUCCUCAAUCGAGGAGAGUCGAAUCUGUUUAUGUACUUCUAUUUUUUCGUUUGCCUUUUUUGGAUUUAAUUUGUUUACGAAGCACAGAGUGAUGAUUCUACGUGGGGUGUAUGUAAUUCUUUUGAUCUCUGGGUAGAACGCGGCCUCAACGCUUUGUUCGGGCUGUAGCAGAGCCGCUUCUUGAGCUUCGAAAGCCAAUGUAUGAUUUCGAGCGCUACAGUGUUUGGCUGUUUAGCUGGGAAUCUGACCGAACUGACGCUAAACUGGAGAUGAGGGACAGCAACCCUCAGGCUACAUUUGAAAUGGACAAGAAGAGAUGUGAGACCUUCCUAGCAGAAAGACAAAUGCUACUACGGAAGCAUGAGACGGAGCAUCAGCAGCUGCCGCUGCUGCACGUGAAGAAGGGCAUUGAACACUCACAACUUCGGAAAGCACGGAGCUUAAGAAACCUAUCAUUUGGCAUAGAGCAGUACUUGGACUCUUCGGCAACCAAGGUGGGCUUGUCACAGCCUAGCGAGUGUGAGCGGCUACCAUCCAUGGCAGCACCCUCUCUACAGACCUGGCACUCCGGUGAGGAGCAGUGCUUGGAUCAACCGCCUUAUACACGAACAAGCUCACCACAAGUUGAGCUCCAGCAUGGUUUAUUCAUCUCAGAUGCAUGACUCUGUCCUCU